AAACGCUUGCUGAACACAUUCAGCAGGCAAACAGUGACUCAGACGUUGACUUACGCAAUCCCGCCCCAGCCCAUAUUGUUAUUUCGCAAGACUCAUCUUAUUGAACGCCACCCACAAUGCUUGUACAUCUUGCCAGGACCAUCGUCAGCCAACGUAUUGCGCUUCUCCAAAACCGACUGCCGCCUUUGGCCAGUUACGAACCAUUCCGCUUAUGCAGCACACACUCACACCUGCACUCCGCCCCAAAUGUCGGUAACAUUCUGUGUCUUUGGCGGGAGUAUUGUUCUGCAUAAGUUAUGGUAGAUGAAGCCUGACGAAGCCUUCAAUCACCUGCUUCCGCACGUUGGCUCCAAUUUUCUUGGAUAGCUCUAAGAAAAUCGGCUGUUUCUUCGAGACAGCACAGUAGCCUCGCCUCGACCAGCCCAGAGCACCGUUCUCAUAAACCAAUACCAAACCCCGGUUCUCCAAUGUCUCAGUCUGUGUGGAAAGAGUUCAUUGAACCAAAUAAGCAGUAUGCCGCAAAUUUUGGCAGCAAGGGUGAGCUGCCUUUGCCUCCUGGGAGGAAGUUGGCCAUCAUAACAUGUAUGGAUGCCCGAAUCAACGUGUACGCUGAAUUGGGCAUCAAAGAAGGUGAUGCACACAUCAUUCGAAAUGCCGGUGGUUCCGCAAGGGACGCCCUCCGCAGUGUUAUCAUUUCCCAACGCCUCCUCGGUACUCGUGAAAUUGCCAUAUUCCAUCACACGGGAUGCGGCAUGCUCACGUUUACCACUGAUCAACUUCGGAAGAUCGUCAAAGACUCCGACCCCACGAAUCCUGCGUUGAAAGUGGUUGAUGAGAUUGACUUUUUGGAUUUCCCAGAGAUAGAACAGAGCUUGAAGGAGGACGUUAAGUUCUUGAAGGAAAACCCACUUGUGUUGCCUGGAACGGAAAUCACUGGUUGGGUGUACGAAGUCGAAACUGGACAGAUCAAGCACAUCGCGUAAAUGUCGCAGUUGGCGGAGGUGAAGACAUACCGUGUAAAGGAUUUGCGAUUGUAUUAUAUCGAUUGAUCUACAGUAUCGCCGGGUCGCAUUUUCGUUAGACCUGCUUCAGUGAAAAAGUUACUAAAGUUAAAGCAGCGAUGAACUUGAACCCUUUUCGUC